UGCCUCAAGUAAUGUAUGCCUGUGAUCAUAUAAGUAUUUUAACGAGCGAAAUAUGGCCACAUUUAAUGAAGGCAGCCUCAAAAAGAAGUUAGAUGAUUUGAACGUCUCCACGCAGUCCAUUCAGACGGUUUCGCUCUGGUUAAUCCAUCACAAGAAGCACGCUCACACGGUCGUCAAUGUUUGGUACAAGGAACUUGUGGCAGCAUCUGAGUCGCGCAAAUUGACAUUUAUGUACCUUGCAAACGAUGUGAUCCAGAACUCAAAGAAGAAAGGUCCAGAAUACAACAAGGAAUUUGGGAAUAAAUUAGGAAAAGUUUUUGAACAUUUGGGAAGUUUGCGACUAGAUGAAAAAUCAACACGAGGUCUCAACCGCUUGUUGUCUGUGUGGGAUGAGAGAAAUGUUUUUGAAAGCGAGGAUAUUGCAACAUACAGAAAAAACUUAAGCAGGGCUGGCAGUACUGGAGGCGAAGUUGAAGAAAUAAAGAGGAACCAUCAUGGUAAAAAGAAAAAGGUGAAGGACAAAGAGGCCAAGAAACGUGAAUAUACAGGUAAAUAUGAAGUACACACAAGUAAAAAACUUCGUAAAGAGAUUGAUGCCUAUCAUCCUUCAACCCCUGAGCCAAGAGUCCGCAAGGAAAGUGAAAAUGAAAUGUCAUUGUUUGGUGGCUCCCCACAUGCUUCAUCCCCCCCUGCUGAUCCACCAGAACCGGAGCAACUUAUUGAAGCAUUGCAGGAACUAGAAAAUGCUGCUACAUCAGAUGCCUUAGUUCGUGAAAAGAUAGCUAAUCUCCCUGCAGAAGUCUCAGAUGUUAGUCUUCUCAGCAAAUUGCAAGAUACAAGUCAAGGUCGUGCAUUAAGUGAAAAAGUUGAAGAAGCCUUAGCAAUGCUUGAAGCUUAUAACAAAAGAUUGGCUGAAGAAAUGGAAGCGCGGAAAGCUGUGGCACGUAUGCUCCAUGAUUAUAUAGCUCAUCAGAAGGACUUAUUGGCUCAAGCAGAAGAGACAUUAGAGGAGCACAGACUUAAACAAGGAAAAGUAAAAAAAGUGAGAGAAGAGCUCCGAGCACAUUUACAAAAUCUACCUGAUAUAUCAAAGUUACCAAGUAUUAAGAGAGGUGGACUAGCUCCACUUCCCUCAGCAGGUGAUCUUUUUACGUGAUGUUUGGAGUGAUAGAGUUUUAUGUGCUCUGUCAGACUUACGAAGUGCCACCAAAUAUUAUAGACCUUACAAGUUUUACCGCCUGAUAUCACCAAGCUACCUGUUUUAUAGGUACUGUUCAAGUCUAAAUUCAAUUGCUGCCUAUGCACUGAAAAACUAAGAUUUUCAUAGGAAUACCAGACACAUAGGUGAACGAAAACCACAAACUAUCGUUAGUUUACAGCAAACUGCGAAUUAUGUUUUAAUAGCUAUUCAUAGCUACACAAGGUUUGUAAUAUCUUUUUGUAUCUGAUUUUGAAAUUUGUAUCUGAUGUUUUAAAUGCAGUACCACCUUUAUUGUGGCAUAACUAGACUCAUGAGUAUAGUACUUGUGUGUCUGUAUGCUUUCAUUUUUAUCCUCUCCUCGGCCUAAGGAAGUAAAUGCUUCAUUUUCAAGUGUUUCACAUUUGAAAUAUAAUGUAAAUUUGAAAUUAUAAAAUCUAUAUAGAACAUGAUUUCCAGAUUCUUUUAUUUUGAAAAACUUAAUAUUAUUUAAAAAAAUUUUUAGAUAUAUAGUUUUCAAUCUUCUGUUUAUGAUUGCUAUUUUGUAGGGAAGUAAAUAUUGCAGUCCAUAUGUUAAUAAAUGAUGCACACAAAUAUGCUAUUUAUUUCAGUGAAAAUUAUCUUCAUAAGAAAUUAUGCAUAAGACCUGUCAGAUAAAAAGAAGCAGAAUAAAAGUAGGAAUUGUUGAUAUUUAUUUGUAGGAGUGACUUUGAGUUGUUAGAGACAUAAUCCAGAUUGAAAAUCAGGAUUUGAAUUGCAUAUCCAAGCAUUGGACAGUUGUAAAUUUGUAUAUACUUAUAUCAGAAUCAGAAAGUUUUGUUAUGAAUACUUAAAAGCACCUAUAUUAGAAUCUUUUUUAAUACUUUUAAAACACUGUAAGAUUAAUAUUGUGUGCUUGGAAGUCCAGUAUCUAUUUUGUACUUGCAGUAAAAAGGCCCUGAAAAACAUUUUUAAGGAUCACACAGCUGCCUUUUUAAGUAAAGUCUUUUUCUUUUCUUGCUAUUUGAGCAAGUGAUUCUGUGCAAUGUGCAUGCUCAUUAACAUGUGUGUGAGCUAUGCAUUAUGUAUUCUGAGAGGAUUAAGACUGAGUGAAUCAUUCAGUGUUAAUUGGUAAACCUGCUGUAGGAUUAGCUAAUAGAAAAAGAUGUGAGGUAGUUUUUAAGUCUCUUGAAUGUUGGUUCUUCAUCAGAUAAAAUAAUGAUUUUUGAAGUGUGUUUUGUAAAUUAUUAGAAAGAAUAGUAAAUUUUAACAAGUGUGAUUUGUAAAUUUAUGUUUAGAUUCCCAUUUGGGAGUUUUGGCUAUGAUAUGGGAGGAUAUAUAAUUAUUAUAAUCCCAUCUUCUGCUCUGAAAAUUAAUCUUGAAUUCUCAUAAAUGAUCAUGUUAUACGAAUGAACAGUUGUAAUUAAUCUAUAACUUGGUUGUAAUUUUCAUAGCUAUAAUAAAUAGUUACGGAUGUAAUUACAUGGUAUCACCUGUGCUCUGUAAAUGCAUAACUAAAAAUUUUUCCUUGGUAUCAGUUUGUAUUUGCUUUGUAAAGCCUCUUUAGAUAUUUGAGAAUACAAAGGGGGAAUCAGAAAUACAUAUUCAGGAAAAAUAGAGUAUGCAGAGAUAGCUCAUGACAGGAAAAGCAUUUAUAGUAUUUAACAAAAUAUGUUCUUUUGUGCUUGUUGCUAGUGGUAUUUUUUUAAUACUGAGUACAUUCGAGUGGUAGCAUUUUCUUUAUCCCUUUUUUUUAUGUGUAAUUGACAGUUACUGGUUUACGAUACAGUAACGGAAAAGAAAUUUGAGUUUCUAAUGAAUGGACUUUAGAAAGUACCUUUUCCACAUUUGAUGUAUUCUGUUCUAGAAGUUUUAUUGCAUUACUACAUAAAGAAAAAGUAAAUGGAUUAGUACAUAUUU